GCAGUGCAAGGCGAAAACGCGCUCUUGCAGCGCCCCCCAAGCGGAGAGGACUGGCACUUCCUUUGAUUUUCUGCUUCUCGAUGCGCUGACUCCCUCACUCACUCAGUGUUCGUUGGUUUGUUCGGUUGUCCACUUCUCACCUCCACCAAGAUGUCUGGGCGCGGAAAAGGAGGCAAGGCAAAGGGCAAGAGCAAGACCCGUUCCAGCCGCGCGGGGCUCCAGUUUCCCGUGGGAAGGAUCCACCGACUACUGCGAAAGGGCAACUACGCGGAGCGAGUAGGUGCCGGUGCCCCCGUCUACUUGGCGGCCGUACUCGAGUACCUGGCUGCCGAAGUGCUCGAGCUGGCAGGAAACGCGGCCAGGGACAGCAAGAAAACUAGGAUCAUCCCUCGACACCUGCAGCUGGCCAUUCGCAACGACGAAGAGCUCAACAAGCUGCUGUCCGGCGUUACCAUCGCGCAAGGAGGUGUCCUGCCCAACAUCCAGGCCGUCCUCCUUCCCAAGAAGACCGAGAAGAAGGCCUAAACCAUCCCGCGGCAUCCGCUACAGAAAAACGGUCCUUUUCAGGACCACUCAUGACUUGAGUACAGGAUAC